AUGAUUGUCGUGCAGCUGACGGUGCUGUUGAUGCUGCUUCCGCUUGCCCUUGCUGCCCCGGUAGGCACACCGUUGAGCAUGGUUCCCGAAGAGGGUGUGCUUCCCGACACACGGUUCGGGCCUUUCAACCCGCGGUACAAAACCUUUCGUCCCUCUCUAGCCACUCCAGUAACUGCGCCCGUCUCGAAUCAAGCUCCAUGGUGGCGCCAAUGGAAUUGGCCAACCUUCAGGAAGGAGGCCCAGCCAGUCUCCAAUCAAGCUCCAUGGUGGCGCCAACGGAGCUGGCCGACCUUCAGGAAGGAGGCCCAGCCAAUACUAUCCGGCAAUCGAUUGCGUUGGGUGCUCGUAUCCGGCCCGUCGAAAGCUGUAGCAGGAAGGAUUCCAAACGUUGCAAUCCGGUCCGUGGGUGACCGUCGCUUCGGCGUAGUGAGGCUUCCCGGAAAUAGCUGGGACGGUCAAGUUAUUGGCGCGAUGAAGCGAAGAGGCCAGCCCUUUUUUGUGGUAGGCAAGAACAAUAAGGUGUGGUUCGUCAACUCCAACGGCAGCGUCAAGUCGAUCCUCAACACGGAGCAAGAUGCAAUUCUGAGCUCUUUGCGCUCUGCCGAGGUCAAAAAUAGUCGGACAGAGUUUGUCCAUCUACCUGGUGUAACAGCCAAAAAAGCGGCAGCAGCAGCUCGGACUAGUAGCGGUGCUUCGUGGUGGUCAAGGGUCGUCGGGGCCACGAAGGGACGUUUUGGUGGUUUCACUCCGGAUUUCAUGAGAGCCGUAGGACACAUCCAAAGACCCAUCUGA